CUGAUAACUUGAUUUUAACGUCAUAACCGCUGAGCUGUUUAUGACCAAGCUGUUACGCACUCAUUCAGUGAGUUUAUUUCUUACGAUCACAUCGCGUUACUCACGGACUCAGCAGAAACUCAAUUAAAUAUAUAUUUUAAAAAAUGGCUGAACCACAAAUGCAGGCGACUUCUCGUCCCAUGUUAGGAGCGGUCUCGGACCCAGCACCAGCAAACGCUGAAAUCCAGGCUAUGAUUGAAAAGGUUAAGGACAGUGUUGAGAAGAAGGUCGAUCGAAAAUUACCAGUUUACAAAGCCACACAGUUUUGUUCACAAACGGUGAACGGAUAUAAGUUUUUUGUGAAGGUUGAUGUUGGUGACAAUAAAUUCAUUCAUCUUGAAUUGUACAAAGCAAUUAGCGGAGAGCUGACUUUAAACAGCGUAGAGGACAACAAAACAGAGACUGAUACAUUAAAGAAGUAAACAUUUAGCUAUUUACAUCACAUAUAUGGGAGAAAGAAUUACGUUCGAAAUGUAGUGAUAGAGGACCAGAUGUCUUGUCCAGUAAUAAUCCACUUGGUUGCUAACACGCAAGGAAUUGUAUGGUUUCAAUAACAAGUAUUUAGUUUGUUAUCUGCAAUUCAUAUUACUUCCAUAUAGAUUUUUAUCUAUAACGCAGGUUUUUAAUCUGAAUAUGUUCUUAUAAUUUUUUGAUAAAUUUUAAAGUUAUUAAUUAACGAAAUAACAAUGAUAAAAUAAACAUAAGUUAAAUAAAUCGACUGAAAGAAAGUAAA